AUGACUGCGCCCCUGCUCACACGCACGGCAGACGGGAGAGUCCGUGCUCAGGGGAUGGGGAGACCAGUGCCCUCCGGGUUCAGCUCCCGGGUCGCGGCUCCUCUGGUGCUGAACCCGGAGGGGUCGCGCCAAGAGCGCGAGCAGCUGCAGGCCGAGGCGAGCGAGCGCUUCGCCGCUGGCUACAUCCAGUGCAUGCACGAGGUGCAUACGUUCGUGUCCACGUGCCAGGCCAUCGACGCCACGGUCGCCGCUGAGCUCCUCAACCACCUGCUGGAGUCCAUGCCGCUGCGCGACGGCGGCAGCUUCCGGGAUCUACUGGGGGAUGCGCUGGCCGGGCCACCGGGAGCCCCUGGGCGAAGCAGCCGGCCGGCGGGAGGGGCCUCGGGAUCCCCCUCCGGGGAGGACCUGUACUCCGACCUGGAGGAGGCUCCCGAGGCUGAACUGAGCAGGGCGCCUGCGGAAGGGCCGGACUUGGUGUCCGCGGCCCUGGGCAGCCUGACUGCAGCCCGCAUAGCCCACAGUGUCUGGAGGCCUUGGUGACCGCCGCCCACUCGGGGCUUCCUGGGGUCGGCCUGGCCUUCCCACAUCUACUCCAUCCUCUCCCAGAGAUCGGGAUGGAGCGGAGCAGCGAGCCCUGGAUGCCUCCAGGUCUGCCUUCCUACCUCCCCCAGCAGGGCAGCCCCAUGACCAGCCUGGCCAGGCCCCUGGCCCUGUUCCU